CGCGUCAACAUGAUUGGUGUUGGCGUUGACCGGCGUCUUGGGCGUCUUGUCUUGGGUGUUGUUGAUUUUAAAGGGAAGCUCUUACGACAAGUGUCCAAGCACCAUCGACGACGGUUGCACUUGCCCAGGGGUGUGCACCAUCUAUUCGUCUUCUUGUACAUACUUUCACCGCUCAAUCUAUUCCAUACAUUUGGAACGCGAACUCGAAACACUGGUUUAGCGAAAGCACAUAGCGACGGCGCGACACCACGACUUUGCGCUACGCCCCUUCCAAUCCUUUGCACGCGACAGUCUACCCAGCACGAUUCUUGUGCGCAUCCUCCAGAACCGGUAUAAUCGCCGACAAGGACAGUCGCUCGGAUCGCUUCCGGUGUUGGUGGGAUUGAUCAAGAGCCUGGGAAACAUCACAAUGCUCUGUGGCUUUGGCCACCAGUGUCGCGACAAUGGGGUGGCAGCGAAGUUCAUCACUAGGCAUAGACACUGCAGCAUCAGGUCCACGCAUACGGAGUCGCGGCGACUCCUCCGACGUGGAAAAGGACCCUUCUCACAGGCUAUAUCACAACAGCGACGGUGACAAUGAUGCGAUUACCGACGAGGAGGAUCCUUCCUAUUCAACUUCCCAAUCGACCUCGUCUUCUUACAGACCGAUGCUCAUAGACGAUGCAUAUACAUCAAGACGCUCGUCUUCGCCAUCCUACCUCGGGAGAAUGCCAAGAUCAAUCAUGCGCUGGUUUUGUCUGGGGGUCGCGGCUGCGCUGCUCCUUUUCAUCUUCUCCCUUGUACGGUCGAGUUGGAAUGCCGACAAGGAAGUCCAGGUAGCUAUCGAGGAACAAAAAGCCGCCCCAAAACCUGCGCCAUGGGAAAGCUUUCCUUUCCUAGAGAGGUAUUAUGGUGGAGUGCGCAAUUUGGUCUCCGCGACGUCCAACGUUCCAGAAUAUCCACGAAGCGACGACGAGGUGGACUUGGACCGGUUGUAUCUACCUGAAGAACCACCUCUGGAGCCCGAGUCGCCGCCAGAAGAGAAGCCGGUAGAGCCACCACCCGCGCCAAUUUUCCCAAGAAAAAGCAAAAGAGAUAUACCUCCCAGUCAGCGUUUCGACCCCUACCCGAACUAUACGUCUCCCGAACACAUCUCCAAGUAUGGCCAGAAGGUGGAUUGCUUUCUUGAUCCCAAGGACACUAUAUCAAUACCUCCCGUACGGGUGUAUCAAGGCAUCCCCCAAGGCUUUCCGGACAUGGUCAUGGGCUCUGCGGAGAUGCUCGGCUUAAGGACAGACAUAUGCUACGACCGUUUCGGGCGCCUCGGUCCGUAUGGUCUUGGAUAUAGCCUCAAUCGGGGUGGCAGCGGCGCACAGCAGGAAGGUGAAAGAGAGGGAGCCGACUUAGUGUGGGAAGAGACACCAGAAGUGGACUGGAGAAAUGUGAAAUGGGUCGAUGCCCAGCAGAGGUGUGUGGCCGCCAACCAGCACCGAUUCAAGGAACUACCAAAACCUCGAAUCGAAACCUUCCGAGCCAUGCAAGUGGGAAAUAUGCAGAAAAGAGAAGAGAUAUCCAAGCUGGCCGAUCCAGAGUCUGUGCCGGUAGAAUCAUCCACCAAGGUUCAGACUGGUAAAGAGAAGCUUCCUCGUACCGCAAUCGUCAUUCGCACUUGGUGGGAUUACCCAUACACACCUGAAGACAAGAUCUAUCUACGGUCUCUCAUCUCGGAAUUGACCAUGCUGACCGGAGGCGAGUAUGUCGUGCAUUUCUUGAUACAGGUCAAGAACGAAGACGUCCCGAUUUGGUCAGACGAUGAAACCUACGACCGUGUCCUUUCAGACUCCUUACCCGAGGAGUUUCGCGGUAUGGGCACUCUUUGGUCGGAACGGCAGAUGCUUCUAAUGUACGGCGGGUUGGAGGAAACCUGGAUGCGGGAUCUCCCCGUCCAUGGCGUGUAUCGCAGCACCUUCAUGCCCAUGCAAUACUUUGCUUAUCAACAUCCAGAGUACGAUUUCUUCUGGAACUGGGAGAUGGACAUUCGCGCUACCCAUCACUGGUACCAUUUGUUUGAUAGCCUAUCCAAAUGGGCCAAAGCUCAACCGCGCAAACUUCUGUGGGAGCGGAAUAGCAGGUUCUAUGUGCCCUCGGAGCACGGGUCAUGGGAGGAUUUCAGUCAGAUGGUCCGAAUACAUACGGAACAUGGUACCAACAGCGCCAACAAUUUCUGGAGCAGUCUCAAUCGCGCAAAGGACCCCAGCGUUCCUGGCGGAACGAAACAACAGGGCGACAAACCUAUUUGGGGUCCGGAGCCGCCUUUCGACGACGACGUGAGGUUCGACGACGACCCUGUUCCGCCAACUACUUUUGACAAAGACAAAUAUGAAUGGGGUGUAGGUGAAGAUGCCGAUCUGAUCACUUUCAACCCAAUGUUCGACCCUGACGGCACCACCUGGAUUCUUACGGAAGAUACCACGGGAUAUAACAUAACUCGUGGACGUCCACCUCGCCGAACUGCCAUUAUCACAGCCAGCCGACUCAGCCGCAAGCUUCUAGUGACGAUGCAUCGCGAGACGGCCAUCAAGAAACAUACCAUGUUCAGCGAGAUGUGGCCAGCUAGUUGUGCGUUACAUCACGGUCUAAAGGCUGUGUACGCGCCACAUCCGGAAUACAUCGAUCGGAAGUGGCCUACGAAAUACCUACAGGCUGUCUUCAACGGUGGACGCAACGGUGCGACAGGCGGUGCGCGGACCAGCGUGUUUGGGGACCGCGAGCACAAUUUCCGUGGGACGACUUGGUACUACAAUGCAGGGUUUCCGGAGGUGUUGUGGCAUCGCUGGUUAGGCAUGAAGAUCCACAAUGCCGGUGGUGAGCAAGAGGAGUUGGCGGGUGAAGGCAGAAUGUGCUUGCCUGGGAUGAUGCUGCAUCCAAUCAAGCGGGUCGAGCUGGUCCAGGAGGGACGAAGGGCAGAUCAACCACCUUGAUCAGCGCAUGGCGUCCACGUUUGAAGAUCGAAAGAUCGGCAUUUGUUAUAUCAUGAUGGCUGGCUGCGUCAUCCACUCGUUGCACACUGUCAAUGACAGAUUUUGCUUGUACAACAGCACCACAUAUGGGAUGUUAUCGUUCAUGUCGGAUCGGAUCAGCGUCUACAGAGGUAUAUUUGGUAUAUCUAUUUACUGU